UUCCCUUUAUAGCACCAUCGAAUCCCAGUCCUAACAGAAGUACUGCGAAUCUUGUGGCCUCUUUUUGAACAAAAGGGAUCAGAGACGAAAAAUCUGUUGAUAUAAAGCUUGAAAGCAAGAGCAGGCAAUCUUGGUUGUGAAUAUUUUCUGAUUUUUCCAGAAAUCAAGCAGAAGAUUGAGCUGCUGAUGUCAGUUAACUCUGAGAAGUCGUCCUCUUCAGAAAGGCCGGAGCCUCAGCAGAAAGCUCCCUUAGUUCCGCCACCGCCGCCUCCACCACCGCCACCGCCUCUGCCAGACCCCACGCCCCCGGAGCCAGAGGAGGAGAUCCUGGGAUCAGAUGAUGAAGAGCAGGAGGACCCCGCCGACUACUGCAAAGGUGGCUACCAUCCGGUGAAAAUUGGAGACCUCUUCAAUGGCCGCUACCAUGUCAUUAGGAAGCUAGGAUGGGGACACUUCUCAACUGUCUGGCUGUGCUGGGAUAUGCAGGGGAAAAGAUUUGUUGCAAUGAAAGUUGUAAAAAGUGCCCAGCAUUAUACAGAGACAGCCUUGGAUGAAAUAAAAUUGCUCAAAUGUGUUCGAGAAAGUGAUCCCACUGACCCAAAUAAAGACAUGGUAGUACAGUUAAUUGAUGACUUCAAGAUUUCAGGCAUGAAUGGAAUACAUGUCUGCAUGGUCUUCGAAGUGCUUGGCCACCAUCUCCUCAAGUGGAUCAUCAAGUCCAACUACCAAGGCCUCCCAGUACGUUGUGUGAAGAGUAUCAUUCGACAGGUCCUUCAGGGGUUAGAUUAUCUACACAGUAAGUGCAAGAUCAUUCAUACGGACAUAAAGCCGGAGAACAUCCUGAUGUGUGUGGAUGAUGCAUAUGUGCGAAGAAUGGCAGCUGAGGCCACCGAGUGGCAGAAAGCAGGUGCUCCUCCUCCUUCGGGGUCUGCAGUGAGUACGGCUCCACAGCAAAAACCUAUAGGAAAAAUAUCUAAGAACAAAAAGAAAAAACUGAAAAAGAAGCAGAAAAGGCAGGCUGAGUUGCUGGAAAAGCGCCUGCAGGAAAUAGAAGAAUUGGAGCGAGAAGCGGAAAGGAAAAUCAUAGAAGAAAACAUCUCAUCCGCUGUACCUUCCAAUGAACAAGACGAGGAGUACCGCCCAGAGGGGAAGCUCAAAACUGCUGGCUUAGAGGACGCAGCCGAGGGCGAGCCUGUGAAUGACAAGGGUGAGGCUGAGGACCAGGAAGAGAAAGAAGACACUGAGAAAGAAAACACUGAGAAAGAUGGAGAUGAUGUGGAACCAGAACUGACGAGCACAGACCCUGCAUGGAUAGAGUCCCCCAGAACCAACGGCCAUAUUGAGAAUGGCCCGUUCUUACUGGAGCAGCAGCUGGAUGAUGAAGAUGACGAUGAAGAAGAUUGUCCCAAUCCUGAGGAAUAUAACCUUGAUGAGCCAAAUGCAGAAAGUGAUUACACAUAUAGCAGCUCCUAUGAACAAUUCAAUGGUGAAUUGCCAAAUGGACGACAUAAAAUUCCCGAGUCACAGUUUCCAGAGUUUUCCACAUCCUUGUUCUCUGGGCCUCUAGAACCUGUGGCUUGUGGUUCUGCACUUUCCGAGGGAUCCCCGCUUACCGAGCCUGAGGAAAGCAGUCCAUCCCAUGACAGAAGCCGGACGGUUUCAGCCUCCAGCACUGGAGAUUUGCCAAAAACAAAAACCCGGGCGGCCGACUUGUUGGUGAACCCCCUGGAUCCACGGAACGCAGAUAAAAUUAGAGUUAAAAUUGCCGACCUGGGAAAUGCUUGUUGGGUGCAUAAACACUUCACAGAAGACAUCCAGACGCGUCAGUAUAGAUCCAUAGAGGUUUUAAUAGGGGCAGGUUACAGCACACCUGCUGACAUUUGGAGCACAGCAUGCAUGGCAUUUGAGCUGGCAACGGGAGAUUAUUUGUUUGAACCGCAUUCUGGGGAAGACUAUUCCAGGGAUGAAGACCACAUAGCCCACAUCAUAGAGCUGCUAGGCAGUAUCCCAAGGCACUUUGCUCUAUCUGGAAAAUAUUCUCGGGAAUUCUUCAAUCGCAGAGAUCACAUAGCAUUGAUCAUUGAACUGCUGGGGAAAGUCCCUCGAAAAUACGCUAUGUUGGGAAAAUAUUCCAAGGAGUUUUUCACCAGAAAAGGAGAACUGCGGCAUAUCACCAAGCUGAAGCCCUGGAGCCUCUUUGAUGUCCUUGUGGAAAAGUAUGGCUGGCCCCACGAAGAUGCUGCACAGUUUACAGAUUUCCUGAUCCCAAUGUUAGAAAUGGUUCCAGAAAAACGAGCCUCGGCUGGCGAAUGCCUUCGGCAUCCUUGGUUGAAUUCUUAGCAGAUCCUACCAGUAGAGCAUUCUGAGCUAGCAAAUGUUUUCCAGUACAUUGGACCUAAACGGUGACUCUCAUUCUCUAACGGGAUUACAAGCGAGCUGGCUUCAUCCUCAGACCUUUAUUUUGCUUUGAGGUACUGUUGUUUGACAUUCUGCUUUUUGUGCACUGUGAUCCUGGGGAAAGGUAGUCUUUGUCUUCAGCUUAGUAGUUUACUGACCCACUUUCUUCUGGAAACAAUAACAUGUCUCUAAGCAUUGUUUCUCGUGUGACAUUCAAAUGUCAGUCUUUUUUUUUGAGCGAAAAAUACUUUCCCCCUUGUGUUUUGGCAGG